AUGGGGAGCUCCCGGCUGAGGGUCUCUGACCCCCACCUCGAGAGGAAGGACCCUGCCGCCCUCUCUGGCGGCGGCGGCGGCGGCAGGGGCCGAGAGCUGCCCACCUUCGAUGUGCCUUAUUUCAAAUACAUUGAUGAGGAGGACGAGGAGGACGAGUGGAGCAACCGCUCGCAGUCCUCCACAGAGGACGAGUCUUCAGAUUCUCUCCUUUCUGACAGAUACGUGGUGGUGUCGGGGACGCCCGAGAAGAUUCUGGAGCAUCUCCUCAAUGACUUGCACCUGGAAGAAGUCCAGGACAAAGAAACAGAGACCCUCCUGGACGACUUCCUGCUCACCUACACGGUCUUCAUGACGACGGACGACCUGUGCCAGGCGCUGCUCAGGCACUAUUCUGCCAAGAAAUACCAAGGCAAGGAAGAGAACUCGGACGUCCCUCGGCGGAAGCGCAAAGUCUUGCACCUCGUGUCCCAGUGGAUCGGCCUGUACAAGGACUGGCUCCAGGAGGACGAGCACUCCAAGAUGUUUCUGAAGACCAUCUACAGGAACGUCCUGGAUGACGUCUACGAAUACCCAGUCCUAGAGAAGGAGCUGAAGGAGCUGCAGAAGGUGCUGGGGCUGCACCGACGGCACACUGUGGAUGAAUACUCGCCACACCGAAAGAAUAAAGCCCUUUUCCACCAAUUUAGUCUUAAGGAGAAUUGGCUCCAGCACCGAGGGACCGUGGGGGAAACGGAGGAAAUCUUCUGCCGCGUGUACAUCACGGAGCACUCGUACAUCAGCGUCAAGGCUGGGGUUUCCAGCACGGCUCAGGAGAUCCUCAAGAUUGUGGCCGGGAAGCUCCAGCAUGCCCAGGACGACCUGGCCCUGGUGGCCGUCACCUUCUCAGGGGAAAAGCAUGAACUGCAACCAAAUGACUUGGCCAUCUCCAAAUCCCUCGAGCUAUCGAGUCGGAUCUAUGUCUACCGGAAGGACCUGUCAGAGACUUUGAGCCCGCUGGUGGAGAGUGAGGAGUCCCAGCAAAGGUCGCUGAGGAUCUUGGGAAUGAACACGUGGGACCUGGCCAUGGAAUUAAUGAACUUUGACUGGAGCCUGUUCAACUCGAUUCAUGAGCAAGAGCUGAUUUACUUCACCUUUAGCCGACCAGGAAGCAGUGAGAACACUGUGAAUCUCAGUCUCCUACUGCAGAGAUGCAAUGAGGUCCAGCUGUGGGUGGCCACCGAGAUCCUGCUUUGCAGCCAGCUCUGUAAGCGAGUUCAGCUGGUGAAAAAGUUCAUCAAGAUCGCUGCCCACUGCAAAGCCCAAAGAAACCUGAAUUCUUUCUUCGCCAUAGUGAUGGGCCUCAACACGGCGUCCGUGAGCCGGCUCUCUCAGACCUGGGAGAAAAUCCCUGGAAAGUUUAAGAAGCUUUUCUCAGAGUUGGAGAGUUUAACGGACCCUUCCCUGAACCACAAAGCCUACAGAGAUGCAUUCAAAAAGAUGAAGCCUCCCAAAAUCCCCUUCAUGCCACUCCUGCUUAAAGAUGUGACAUUCAUCCAUGAAGGAAACAAAACUUUCUUGGAUAACCUCGUCAACUUUGAAAAACUGCACAUGAUCGCGGACACCGUCCGGUCCCUGCGACACUGCCGGAACAGCCACUUCGGUGAAUUAGGGGGCGAAGCAUCUCCGAAGGAGCACCAGGAGCUCCGAUCGUACGUGCACCACCUGCACGUCAUCGACAACCAGCAGGUGCUGUUUGAACUGUCCCACCGGAUCGAGCCGCGGGCGUGAGCUCACCCUGGUCUGGCGUACCUGGGGAUGGCCGCAUGCUGCACCUGCAUCGAGGGGAUGUCCAUGCCGAGCCUGUGGCUCUCCUCCCGAAGAAGGCUUUGCUGAGUUUUAUCAGUCCCUCCCCAGACGCCUGUGGGAAAGGCAGAGGCAGAGAAGGAG